AUGUCUAGCAUUCUGAGUUUCGGCAUGUCGUCGUCAAAGAAGGAGAAGCAUUCUCCCAACAGCCGAGCCCGGCGUCACUCGGCUGUCAGUUCUCAUAGCAAGAAAUCCAAAAAGGAUAAAGACACAACGGACUCCGAGUCGGUUUCUUCAGGCUCGUCUGGGGACACAAUUGUAGUACCACCAGGGCUGAAGAAAUGUCCUCUCCGGUUCAUGCUUGCUGGUAUGCUCGAAGUGGAAAAAGACGGCAAACCCAAAACCCCAGGUUGUCCACUUCGAAGAGUUCAGCUAUGGCAUACUAUCCCCUUGGUCCUGCUUGCGAUUAUCAACCUUUUGCUCGUCAUCAUCGCGCUGCUCGGAUUAGCCGGAUACCGAAUUGCUAUGGGACUUCAAGGCUUGGUUUUUCGCAUCGCCAAGAACGAUUUCGAUUACCGCCCCUACUCCGAGUCGGAAAAUCUUAUCGAUACUAGUGAUGUGCCGGCGCCUAAAAAGAAGCGUUGA